ACCUGUGAAACCAGCGGAACCAUGCAUCCUCUGCACCCGAACGAGACCAACUGGAUCGUCCAAGUCAAGGAGAGCCUCAAGAGCAAGACCUCCGAUGACCAACGGCACUGGAACAAGCGGUCCAUCUACAGGGUCCCUGCCCGCAUCACCGACCUCAAAAGCGAGGCCUACUGGCCACGGGCUGUCUCCUUCGGCCCCUACCACCACGGCGCCAAACACCUCCUCCCCAUGGAGGAACACAAGCGCCGCUCGCUUGUCCACUUCCUCAAGCGGUCCAGGAAGCCCCUCGAGCCCUUCCUUGAGUCCCUAAAUGAGGUGCUGGGGGACCUCAAAGCAAGCUACGAUGUGCUGGACCCGAUGUGGAAGGACGGUGAGGGCGCGGCAGGCCGGUUCCUGCAGCUGAUGAUCACUGACGGCUGCUUCAUGCUCGAGAUCCUGAGGUUCGCAAAUAAGGAGGUGGAACACUAUGCGCCCAACGACCUCAUGGAAGACUAUGCGCCCAACGACCCCAUCUUCAGCAAUCACGGGAGGCUUUACAUACUUCCGGUCAUCGGACGGGACAUGCUGCUGCUGGAGAAUCAGCUUCCCAUGCUGCUACUGGAACGGCUGGUCGCCGUGUGUAAUGGCAAGAAGGAGGAAGAAUACAUCAACAGGCUCAUCCUCAAGUUCAGGGGAGCCAGCGAGAACAAUCCAAGCACGGGAAAAUGCCUGCACGUCCUGGACGUCUUCAGGAAGAAGCGGGUCCAGCUCAAGCCGGACCAAGUGGUGAGCAUGGGCAACCAGAACAACGCGUGCAUGGGAACAUGCCUGCACGUCCCGGACGUCUUCGGGAAGAGCCUGCUGAUGGAGUCCAAGAAGAAUAAAAAGAGGAAGAGCAAGGACAGCGAGGAGGUAAUCCCACCAGCCACCGAGCUUCCCACCGAGCUCCAUGAGCACGGGAUCCAGUUCGAGCAAAGCGAAACCAACAGCCUCAAGGAGAUCUCCUUUGCCAGCGGGGUCCUGAGGCUCCCCGCGAUCGUGGUAGACGACGACACCGAGUCCAUGUUCCUCAACCUCAUUGCGUUUGAGCGCUUCCACGUCGAGGCUGGGACCGAGGUCACGUCCUACAUCUUCUUCAUGGACAACCUCAUCGAUAAGGAGCGGGACGUUGCGCUGCUCCGCAAGGAGGGCAUCAUCGAGAAUUACAUGGAGAGCGACGAGGCGGCAGCCAAGCUGUUCAACUUGCUGGCCAAGGACUUGAUGCUCGACCCGCGCAGCAGGCUCCGUGGCGAGAUCAAGAAGGUCAGAGCAUACUGCAAGGAGAGGAGGCACCAGUGGAGGGCCAGUCUCAUGCACACCCACUUCAGGAAUCCUUGGGUUAUAUUGUCUCUCAUUGCCGCCUUCCUCCUCUUCGUGCUUACCAUAAUUCAGACCAUAUAUACCGUGCUCGGCUAGAAAAAAUGAACCCUCCCUUUUCCUCUUGGUACAAUAUAUUUUUUCUCCAUUUUUCGGGUUUUAACUUUUCGCCUAAUGGCUCUCUUGAUUAGUUGUUGAUU